AAGAAUCCAAUUACAAUAACCUUUUGCUGUCGUUAGAUAUUAAAUAGUGGUACUAAAUAAAUUUCUUUUUAAACAUUAGGAAUUUUCUAAUGAAUAAUCAAUUGGCAGUGUUUAAUUAUGUUAUCUUAUUGGAAAGGAAUAGAAACAACCAAUAAAGAGCGCAAAACUUAUAGCCCUAUUUAUUUUCAUUAGGUUCCUUUUUAUUUUUUAAUUUUGUAUUUUGAAUAUUUUAGACAUUUAUAUUGAAAGUUAGUAACGGAUAAAUUAUUUGGGAAUCUUUUAUCCAUAAUCAGUUUUGGACAUAUGUAACAAUUUUGCGCAACACAAUUUUACAAGUUAAUAAGAGGAACUUUUUAAUCAAAUACAUAUAAUUGUAAGCAAUGUUGACCUUUAUUGAAAAAAUCAUGGAACAUCGCAUCGAACAGAUACACAAAUCUGAAAUAACAAAAGAGGAAGAAACAAACACAAGCAAGAAUGCUGAUACUUUUCUCAUUGUUAGUGAAAGAUAUGAAGAAGUUCUAAAUUUAUCAAGAGAAGUAAUUUUGCUGUAUGAAGAAAGUAAAAUUCCCAAAACAGUUAAGAAAAUGAACAAUCAGCUGGAUGUCAAGAUGAAUAAUUUAUUUGAAAAUUUUGUAAUUGCUUCAACAGAAAUCAAAUGUGAUGAUAUUCUAGUUCUUGCAAUGGCUCAUAUUAAUUUGGGUUACAUAUAUCUUUACAAAGAAGAUAAUUUAAAUGUUGCUAAAGGUUAUCUUAUUAAAUGCACAGAGUUAUUGAAGGGAAAAGAGCUGCACUAUAAAUUUAUUUUGACAGCUAUCUAUGCACAUAUCUACCUACAUGAGAUUUGGAAAAAAUUACAACAGUUAGAGAAUUGUUCAUUACAGAAUUAUUCAUUAUUAGAUAAAGCAUUAGAACUAUAUUUAAGUUAUACAAAGGAAGAUGAUUACCCAGAUCCUCUUAAUGUAGAUAUCUUUUUAUUCAACAAAAAAAACUCUAAAAUUAAUCUGAUUAACAGUCAUAUAUUAACAUUGGAAUAUAUGGAAGAAUUAUAUUGCCUUCAACCUACAAAUAUGCACAAAUUUGUAAUAUAUAUUCAUAAUUUAUUGAAUGAGCAGCUGAAAACAAUAAAAGACUCGACUGAAAAUCAUAUGUUUUUAUAUUGGGCUGAAACCUCAGCUGAUUUAUCUAUUUACUUUUUGUAUUCUAAUCGCCUUAUGGAAGCUAAAAUUCAUAUUGCUGCUGCGGAAUAUGUGACAGUGAUGUAUUAUAUAUCGUUGAUAACAGAUCCAGAUGAUGCAAAAUCUCAAGAGAAAAUGUAUAACUAUCAUCUAGUCUAUAUGUCCAUUAAUCAACUUUGGGCAAUAUAUGGUAUUAUGCUUUUACGUUUAUCAAAAGAAAAAUUACUACAGCAUAAAAGUAAUAAAUCUUGUGAGGCAAAUAAUAUAGAAUCAGAAUGUCAUUUAAAAUUAGAGGAAGAAAUGAAACCUCUAACAUUUGUUGAUUUAGAAAAAGAUUUAAAAACCAUUAUUAAAUAUCACAUCACAGAUACAUAUGUAUCUGAUCUUGAUGAUAUAAAGAUAAUUUUUGCGAAUGUGAUAAAAUUGCUUAAUGUAGUAUACAUGCAUUUUAAAGAAAUAAAUAAAUUUAUACCUCAAAUGCAAAUAAUACUUUGCAUGUCCAAAGCAUACAAAUAUUAUGUAUAUUUUGAAGGAAGUAAAAGUAAACAGAUAAAAGUAAUUGAACAACAAAUAAAAAUGUUAGAUAGUUUUACUAAUACAUUAUCUUCAGAAUAUAAUGCAUUAGAAUAUCAUUAUCUUAAAAAACUUAAUUUUGAACUUGCAAUUGCUUAUUCCACACUCUUGAGUUUAAUGUCUGAAGAAUUAGAUGAAAUUGAAGAAAUUACUGAUGAAAUGAGAAACGAAAUGAAACAAUUAAUGACAAUUAUUAUACACUAUUUUAAUUUACUUACAAAUAAAUCUUAGAUCUUUUUGUAUAUUUGAAUUUUUAGAUUUCUGU